UUCUGUCUUCCUCACACUUUUGUUGGGAGCUGUAAAGCGAGUCGCGCCGAGAUCGGCGACGCCAAGGGGAAAAGCAGCGAACCUGGAGGGGCGCCGUUUUGACCCAGAGUGAGCCAGAGGAACAGGCGUGCGGCUCUGAAGGAACUUUUUUUUUCCCUGAGAAAAGGGUUGAAGAUUAAGAAUACAUUGAAAUAUGUUGGAUGAGGAUACAGGGAUCGUAGAAGAAUGGUUAUCAGAAUUCAAGACAGUACCAGAAACAUCUAUAGCAAGUUAUGCUAAAAAUUUGAAAGACAAGAUUUCCUUGGUUUCAUCUCUAUAUAAAGUUAUUCAAGAUCUACAAAAUGAGUUGCUGGAACCAGUCUGUCACCAGUUAUUUGAAUUUUAUCGCAGUGGUGAGGAACUUCUUCUGCAGUUCACACUUCAGUUUCUUCCAGAAUUGAUAUGGUGCUAUCUUGCUGUUUCUGCUAGUAAAGAUCUACAAAGCAGUGGCUGUAUAGAAGCACUUUUACUAGGAGUUUACAAUUUGGAAAUAGUUGACAAACAAGGGAACAGUAGGAUCCUAAGCUUUACAAUUCCAUCUUUAUCUAAACCUUCAGUAUAUCAUGAACCUUCCAGUAUUGGUUCAAUGGCUCUUACUGAGGGUGCUUUAUCUCAACACGGCUUAUCCAGGGUUGUAUAUAGUGGACCUCAUAUGCAGAGAGAAAUGUUGACAGCACAAAACAGAUUUGAAGUAUUGACAUUCCUUUUACUACGGUACAAUGCUGCCUUAAGCUACAUGCCUGCGGUUUCUCUUCAGUCUUUAUGUCAAAUAUGUUCAAGAAUCUGCGUUUGUGGGUACCCUCGCCAACAAGUACGAAAAUAUAGAGGCAUAAACAGCAGAAUUCCAGUCUCCUCUGAAUUCAUGGUGCAAAUGUUAACAGGGAUUUAUUAUGCUUUUUAUAAUGGAGAAUGGGAUCUGGCUCGUAAAGCAAUGGAUGAUGUUUUAUACAGAGCACAAUUGGAGUUAUAUCCAGAACCACUAUUGGUAGCUAAUGCAAUAAAAGCUUCAUUGCCUCAAGGUGCCAUAAAAUCUAACAAAGAAGGUACUAAAUGUAUUCAGGUUGAAAUUACUCCUACAGCAUCAAGGAUAUCAAGAAAUGCUGUGACCAGUAUGUCUAUUCGGGGCCAUAGAUGGAAAAGGCAUGAGCAACCAGAUAAUACUAAUGACACUACUGAAUCGGGCAACUUUGUUAUACCCGAGAUUAGUGUCACAAAUGUGGCUGGAGAGAGAACCAGGAAUGGGGAAAAAAACAGAAUGCCAGGAGAGAGUGAUCAACAUAUUCAGGGUGUACAGGAAAUUCCUACAGAGCCUAGAGUUGACAGCAAAAGCUUGCCAGAGAUCAGGAGGCAAAAAUCUGUAAGAAAAAUUAUGGAGGAUGGAAUAAGCUCACCUGGCAGAAUGCAAUUUUAGCAGAGCACUUUGUAGCUACAUUCAAAAGGUAUCAAUUGAAAGGGUCAUGGCUGCAUGUUUUAAAGAUUUUAGUAAUCAACAAUAGACAUUUGCAUGUACUUUUAGUCAAACACAAUUGCAUGCUUUGCACAUAGAGCUGAUCUCUGUGCUCCACAUAUUGAUAGCAUACUGACAACGAAUAGAUUUAUCUUAGCUUGGGAAACCACAUUGGGAGAUUUCAAAUUUCAUUAACGUUAAACUUGGACUUUUUAGUUCUGAGUCAUUCCAGCAUUUUUAUUUUACACAUUUGAAACAACCCUUUCUUUCAAGUGUAUAUAAACAAUAUCAAUUUAUUUUAAUGUUUUCCCAUCUGUUACAAUGAUGAUUCCAGAAUCAUUACUAAAUUUAACUCUUUAGUACAGAAUGUGGCCAUUCAGCCCUUUAAAUAUGAAACACAAUUGGAUUUGCUAAAAAUGUGAGCACCUGCAGGUGAUGCCCUAUUGGCUGGUCUGCUGUUCUGAUUAUCUAUUUCCAUGAUUAUUUUGCUGUCUGUAGUACGUAGAUACCUUGCUCAUACAUAGGUUUAUUCCUCUUUCUAGCUGUUAUAGAUCUAAUCUCUUCUGAAUCUUGCAUGAAUAACAGGCGCUUAAAAAAAAAUCACCACACAAUGAGAUUGUAAGCAUGCUUUGUUUCUUUAUGUUUUAUUGUCAUGUAAUAUAUUACAUUGAUAUAAUAGAUGAGCUUCUUGUCUGCUCUGAAAUCUUUUGCUUUGUGCUUGAAUAGAAAGAUCUAUCAAGAACCAAUGAAAUAUAUACAGUGUUCUGUCUCCAUACAGGUAACGAAUUAGGAAUUCCAGAAGAAGAAUUAAUAGAAGUAUCUGAAGUUGAUGAAGGUUUUUACUCUAGAGCUACUUCUACUACAAGUCAUUCUAUUUCAUCAAAAAGUAGCAGCAACACCAGUAAUAAAACUAUAAUGGGC